UAUAAGAGGGUUUGAAAUUUUCUAUUGAAAUUAUAGGUAUUGAAAUUUUAACUUUAAAAAGUCAUAAGGUUGUACUUGAAAAAAAUAUAAAAGUCUUAAACUUGAAAUUAUUAUGAACAUCGGACAGUUGUUUUUUGUUACGAUUUUGUGGCCUUGAUUCCCUUUAACCAAUCAACUCCCGCACCACGCUCCAUUAAUCCUGAAUGGCUUAAUAAAGCCCCUUAAACCGAUGGCUUUAUAUAUACAGUUCUCCAAUAGGUGCUAUCUUCCCAGUCGCUUUGUCUUUGUUGACAAUACUUGCAUAACAGGUGUUAUGAAAGGGUGACAAUUCAGUUACAUUUUGCCAAGGACAGGUAAUCCUGAUAGGCAGGGCCCCAGGGCUCUUUACACUGACUCCAGGGCACAUGCUGAUUGUCAUCUAAGCAAUCAUUUUGAUCUUUUCUCACCCUCAUGUUGUUGACAGGUUUGUAAAAGAAAGGACCCAAUUCAUUGAUGGUUUUAUUCUCUUCUUACUUUAUUUUGAUAGCCAGUGUAAAAUUUCAUUAGUGAAAUUUGGUCAGUAGAGUAUAGCUAGCUUGAAUAUAGCUAGACUGCAUGCUGAAUUAUCAAGAGUCAAAAAGCCAUGCAUACAUGUUCUUGUGCAUGUGGAAAGAGACCUAGAAUGCCGAGUACAUUAGAUGAUUUUGAUGUCAUUGGUACCAUUGGAUCAGGAUCAUAUGGAACAUGCAAGAAAAUUAGGAGGAAAAAAGAUGGAAAGAUCCUUGUCUGGAAGGAGAUGGAGUAUGGCACCAUGACAGAGUCGGAGAAACAGAUGUUGGUGUCAGAGGUCAACCUCCUGCGCGAGCUGAAGCACCAGCACAUUGUGCGCUACUACGACAGAAUCAUCGACCGCAGCAACACCACGAUUUACAUCAUCAUGGAGUACUGCGACGGCGGGGAUCUCUCAGUGCUCAUCUCCAAGAACAGAAGAGAGGGUACUUAUUUGGAAGAAGAUUUUGUGUGGAAAAUGUUAAUACAGAUGACUUCAGCUCUAAAAGAGUGCCAUCGCAGAAAGAACGGGAAAGCUGUACUCCAUAGAGACCUCAAACCAGCCAAUAUCUUCCUGGACUCUGACAACAAUGUCAAACUUGGUGACUUUGGACUCGCACGUGUUCUCCAUCAUGAAACAAGUUUUGCCAAAACAUUUGUUGGAACACCUUACUACAUGUCUCCUGAAUUGGUCAACAACAUGUCCUAUAAUGAGAAGUCAGACAUUUGGUCCAUGGGUUGCAUGUUGUAUGAGAUUUGUGCCCUUCAUCCCCCUUUCACAGCCAGUAACCAACAAGACCUGAACAAGAAGAUCUGCAUAGGGGACUACAAAAGGAUACCAAGUAGAUACUCGGAGGAUCUCAACACUAUCAUCUCCAAGCUUCUCUGUGUAGAGGUUAAAAAAAGACCUAGUAUUGAGGCCAUUUUAGUAGAUCCAAUAGUGCUUCGAAGGAACCGUAAAAUGGACAGAUUGGAGAGACGGAACUCUGCUGGAAGUGCUGGAGCAGACUCGCUACAUUCCUGGGAGGACGAGCUCAAAAAGAGGGAGAAGAAGCUUGAAAUGAAAGAAAAGGAAUUAAAAAGUCAUGAAAGAGAACUUGCAAUCAGAGAGAAAAUGGUGGAAGAUAAAUUGAAAAGAAUUGAAUUAUUGAGUAAAGAAUACAGAAGAAAGUCUGACCUAUCUCGUGAAGUGUCUUCUUCGGGAGAUGGAGAUGACAUGGACUUCUUUGAUGGUUUACACCCAUGCCUUUCAAGAGGGCGAAGAGAUCCAGACUCUCCCAAGAAAAAAGUGUCGUUUGAUAUGUAUGGCAAAGAAAAUCUUCGCAGACAUGAAAGAUAUUCAGACUACACUGUUGACAACCUCCUAACCAAAGAUUAUACCUCAAAGUACUCUUCCGAUCUCAAAGACUAUGAUAACUUAUAUGAAGUAGAACUUGCUAAGAGGAGAGAAUUGAAGGAUAGACUAUUUAGGGCAAAAUCCAAAGUAACUGAUUUACACGAUUUGAAAUUAGACGCUCAUAUACGAAACAGAAAUUUGUUGUAUUUUAGGUGAAUGGUAUUCCAUAAAUAUAGGGCUAACAUUUUUGGUACUCUUUUUUUUGGAAACAAUCUACAUUUGUUUCAGUUAGCUUUUUGCAUUUUGAUGCUCAUUGAUUUUUAAAAAUUUUUUUUGCAGAUUGUGAUAUUUUUUAUUUGUUUAGUAUUUUUUAUACAUGUACGUGCUUUUUAAGACAUUCAUUAUCCAGAAAUACCACAGUAUUAAUAUGCAAUAGGAGCUACCAUACUCAUAUUUCGUAUACAAUCCAUUAGUUAAAAGGAUGUCAUUUAAUUGCUCUUUUUGCUAGUACAUGUACAUAUAAAUUUUUGUAAAGUACACUUUAAAUUUCUUACCAUUUUUGGGACAUGGGUCAUUUUAUAAUUUAUUGACGUAUGAUUUCUAUUAUUUUUUUCAUUUUAAUAGACAUGCUUCUACAUCAGAAUUAUGUACACAUCUUACCACUACAAAUCUUAAAUACAGAUCGAGAUACAUUAGUGAAAAUCCACCUGCCAGCUAGUGGCUAAAUCUAUUAUAAGCUUGAGAUAUUAACAUUUACCGG